UUCGAAGAAACUGUCAUAACUUGUGAAGAAAUCGAAGUAAUAACUGUGAAAAUGGUGGCCAGCUACUGUUUCUUGUUUACCGCUAUAGUUUUGGCUUCGAUCAGUAAUCCGGUGAGAGGGACCGCUGAAGUUAUGAGUCAUGUCUCAGCACAUUUUGGGAAAACACUUGAAGAGUGCAGAGAGGAGUCAGGUCUAACUGCGGAAAUCAUGGAGGAAUUCAAACACUUCUGGAGUGAUGACUUCGACAUAGUCCACCGGGAGUUGGGUUGUGCCAUAAUUUGCAUGUCCAAUAAAUUCUCGUUGAUGAAGGACGACAGUAGAAUCCAUCACGUCAAUAUGCAUGAUUACGUGAAGAGUUUUCCAAAUGGCGAAGUCCUGGCCGCUAAGAUGGUGGAACUCAUCCACAACUGUGAGAAGAAGUAUGACGAUAUCGAGGACGAUUGCACUCGUGUAAUGAAGUCCGCUGCGUGCUUCAAACAAGACGCAAAAAAAGAGGGCAUCGCACCUGAAGUAGCUAUGAUCGAAGCCGUCGUCGAGAAAUAUAAAACACAGAAAAAGAUAAACAAUCUUGUGAUUUCUGAGCAUAAAGCCAACAUGUCAAAGAGAAUCGUUAUAGUAGUGUUCAUUUAUUUAGCCAUAGAACCAAGUACUGACGCGUCACAGGAUAUUAUGAAGGAACUUAUGGUGAAUUUCGUUAAAGCUUUUGAUAUUUGUAAAAAAGAGUUGGAUCUUCCGAAUACAGUUCAUGCAGACUUUUAUAAUUUCUGGAAGGAGGAAUAUGAAAUUACACAUAGACAAACCGGCUGCGCAAUAAAAUGCCUCUCCGCAAAACUGGACCUCAUAGAUCCUGAAGGAAAGCUUCGACAUGGCAAUGCUCAGAAAUUCGCCAUGGAAUACGGUGCUGAUGAAAACAUGGCGAAUCAAGUCGUCGAUCUUAUUCAUGCAUGCGAAAAGUCAUUCCCGUCUAAUGACGAUGAAUGCAUGAGAAUAUUGAACAUCACCAACUGUUUCAAGACUGAGAUACACAAAUUAAAAUGGGCACCUGACAUGAUUCUCCUAGUUGGAGAGAUACUAUUAGAAUAUUAACAGAACAAAUGACGUUGGCUUUGUAAAACACGAUGGCAAUGGUUUUGCAACUUGAAAUAAGAAAUUUUUAGUUAUAAAUAAUCUAAUAUUGAAAGUUUUCUUAAUAAUUAUUGUACUGUUCGUAAUUAUAUACGUAGCACAGGGCUGUAACAAAUUGUGACAAAAAACUAAUAGUCAAACAAAUGUCCUAUUCUACCGCCUAAUGGAAAGCGUUCGAAAGAAUUUCAUUCCCUUUCUGAUAACGUACCAUGAGGAUGGGCCUGCAUCUAUACAGGGUAGACAGCCGGCGCUCAUGUACAAAUAAGUUUAUUAAUUCUUGCAUGAACCGUACCGUGACAGUGUGGAAUGACCUUUUCCGUGAUGUUUUUCCUUCAUCCUAUAACUUCGGAUCCUGCAAACACAGCUUGAAAAAGCACUUAUUCAUGGACCAUGCCAUGUCUUUGUUUGCUCCGAAUGGAGUGGUCACAUGUUGUGCUAUAAUUGAAAAAAAAAACAAGGUUUAUUGAGCACAAUUCGAACUGAAACUAUCGAGCACAAAGUAAUAAAAAAACAACACAAAACCUAAACAGUAUAUCAAAAAAGUUUCCAACGACUUCGUUUCUGUCAAGGAAUUCAAAGGGAUUUCUAAAUAUUGUGAACAUGACAAAUACCUCAAUUAAUGAUUAAAAAGUGACUAUGUUUUGUUUUAUCUGCGAACAUAUUUCUCAAAUUUUUAUUUGAAGUUCUUAUUUUUGGUUGUUGGUAACUUUCAUUUGUUUAUAAUAUCGUAUAUUUUGUGUUAUGCAAUAAAAGGGAUAUGGUA